CGGCAGUUGGAGCACAGUAUGUGAGUAUAUCUUUCAUCACCUUCUCCUCGAGGCUCGAAGCAGGUUCUGGUAUCCAGUUGCAACUCACUCUUCAUUCCCUGGAGGCAUUCGUUCGAUCGCGACAGUCACUCAUAGUCAACCACCUUCUUUUCUUCGGAAACUGGCAACUCUGACUACAAUGCUGUUCACUAAAGCUGUGUUGUGCUUGUCUUCUUUCGUCCUCCUCGCCUCGGCCCAGCUGGAGGAUGCCGUCUUCAGUGGCGUUAAGCCUGCGCUGAGUCGAACUCCAAGCGUGACCAGCAAUCGAUUGCUUAUGAGUAGGGAUCUCGAAAAGCGAUGUACUGGGACAUGCGCAGAGUGCUUUGGAGACGGCUACAUCCUUUGUCCAAGCAGUACCAGAAUCUGCUACCGUCCUGGGGAUUCGGUCUACGGAUUGGACUCGUGCACGAGCAGUGGCUCCGGCUCAGGCACAGCCACAUCCAGUGCAAGGAGUUCCACGUCUACAGGUGAAAGUGACACUUGCUACCGGGUUGGGGCUAGUUGCACGUCGUGCUUCGGGCCGACAUACCUAGCGUGUCCUGAUGGACUGCACUGCUACGACCCGAAUGAUCCAAUGUAUGAUACUUGUUCAGACGACAAUACAGGGGGGAGUACUGGAGGCAGUACUGGAGGCGGUUCUGGAAGCAGCGGCGGCAUCACGACCGAAACCUGUGUCCGCCUUUAUGGCUCCGGACAUGUUCCCUGUGGCAAUGACGCUUGCUACAAUCCUGGCCUUUACGAAGAAUGUUGUCCAGAUGGCAGUCAUUGCCAAGGUGUCUUUGGGUACACAUGCGCCACCAUUCCCGGGAAAUGCUGUGCUCCAGGCUCGACGAGUGCUGGAUGCUCUGGCGUCUCAAGUAGCAGUGAUUUGUUCGCGACCUUGUCAUCGACCCGCACCACGUCGUCGACUCGUACAACAUCGUCUACAACAUCGAGCUAUGCCCUAGGGACGACAACCACUUCGUCGACUUCCACAGCAAAUACUGGAUCAUCUCUCGAGGGGAACACGAACGGGGCUAGGGUUGUCACAGCUCAAAUAGGUUUAUUGCUGGUGGCAGCCGGUGUGGGCGCCUUGGUUUUGUGA